AUGAUUCCCUGCGCUUACGCCCUUCUUUUGCUCCAACGUGGGGCAACACCUCAAUUUCCCAUGUAUUUUCCAGGAAGUAGCACGAUAAAGCUUCCGGUCUACAGCAAUCGCCUCGUAAUCUUGGGCAGUCAUGGUCGAAAUUCAUUUUAUGGCGUUUACGAACCUAUACCAGAUUUCUAUUUUCCGACGAUUGACCCUAAAUAUGGGAUAACUGCGACAAAGGAUGGAGCCUUCAUAAAAUCCACGCACCUAAAAGCGUACUGCUCACCUGAAAAAUCAACAAUGGAGAUAAUCGAAAUAAUUGUUAAAGAGCUAGUACCUCUUAAAAGUUUGUCCUAUCUUAAUUCUUGCGAAGCUCAGCAGAAAGAUUCUGCUUGUAUGGGACAUAUAAAAAAUAUAUGGAAUACGAAUGUUAAUGAUAUAGCAAUACCAUCAAAGAAUUUACGAAAUACUCGAAAAUGUACCCAUCGUGAGAUAGUUAACCUUGCAUACCAGGGCUUGAUAAAAGUUACAGGGGUAUAUCGUCAUUUUUCUCCGCCAGGUAGUGAAAGCGAGAUUAAAGUAGUUAUGAACGACAAAAUAAAUAUAUUUUGUGAGGUCGCGCGUUACCAGAUUUUUGCAGAAAAUAGAAAUAAAACAAACGAGAUUGUACUCGCCUGGUACUUUGGGAACCUGCAUGUUUUUGAAGUAAAGAAAGGUCUUACCAUCUUGUGGCCAAAAACUACUGUGGGAAUGGAGGAAAAAAAUGGAGCAUUAAUUGAAACAGUUCUUCGUAAUAAUUUGGGCGCCUUCAAAGAUCUAGAUGAGCUUAUUGGAGAAUUCUGGCUUGAGAUCCCCCUAUCAGAUAUCUGCAAGAGAUUUGGAAUUUGCAACAAGGAACAAUUAGCGAGGAGGAGAAGUCAGAUUAUGGCUGAAGUCAGCUCAUUAUGUCUAGGGACGCUUUCUUAUACUGACUCAUCUAAUCGUCGGUAG